AUGCAUGACCAUAGAAUCGAUUCACUUUUAAUUGCAGAUAAUGUACGAUUAGAGAUUGUUCAUGAAUCAAAUCCAUAUUUUGCAGGAGAACAGAUAUCAUUUGUAGUAAGAUUAAGACAUUUAGGUUCUGUCGAUAAAUGUAACCUCUUAAAAGAAAAAAUCGAAGAAUUACAUAAGAGCAUUGAAACCCGUAUUGAUAAUGAAGAAAGUAUACUACACGAACAAAAUGAACAAAAUAACGGCCACAUGUGGUCAAUGAAGAACUUAUUUGGUGCAUUAAGAGGGAAUAGGGAUGAUGAAAGUGGGGAUCAUCAUGAUAUAGAAUUAGAUAAUGAAAGAUAUGGCGAAUAUAUUAGUAAACAGAUCCAAUAUCAUAAACCAGUUAAUCUAAUGGCAGGGUUUGUCCAAGUGUUAGGUAUAUUUCAAUACUCACCAGAUACAAUUAAAUCAACUACAUUUGAUACGUCCACUAACAAAUUAAUAUUUUUAAAUCAAUCAACACACAUGACUGUUAAUAAUGUAGACGGUAUUCCUAGUGAGUCCAAUGAAGCAAUUGGUCCCGGUGGUGAGUCCUCGGAUAAUAACACAGAUCCGAAAUACUUGAAGAAAUAUUUUCAAUCACAUUUUAAAUUUGGUCCACAAGAUCCUGAUAUUACAUUUGAUAGCACAGAUUUACCUACUUUUAAUGUUCAAGAUUUUUUUGAAGAAUAUGAUAACCUACCCUUUUUGGUCAUCCCACAAUCAUUGCUAUUCCCUGAAUUGACGUUACGACCAGGUGAAGUGAAAAGUUACCACUUUAAAUCAAAUAAAUUACCCAAUGAUUUAUGUCCAAGUUACAAAUAUUCUGAAAAUAUGGCUAUUAACUACUACGUAGAGUUUGGUGUCAAUAAAGUGGAAUCAAAUCAAAUCUCACCUUUAUUUAUUAAAUCUCCAAUAUACAUAUCGCCGUUGGUGACUAGUGAAGGUUGUCAAUAUACAAGUGAGUUAGGAUCAAAACCCUAUAUUAUGGAACCAGGUACAAUCAAAGAAGUUGUUCAAACCCCAAAUGUUACGAGGAAACAUUCAACCGACUUAUCAACACCGUUUAAUAGAAGAAAGAGUUCUAUUUCUAUAAGACGUGAUGUACCAGAAAUAGAAGUUGAAAAACUGAAAAAUUCAUUUGUUGAUUUAAUUAAAAAAACGGAAAAUUAUGAUGAUAUAGAGGAUCUGGUUGACUUCCAACUGAAUCUUCAAUUCGGUAAACAAGAAAAUGAUUCUAUUACAAAUUCAAUUAAAACGAAUACUGCAACCGAUUCGACUGACUCGAAAUUGAUAUUCAACCAGAUUUCCAAUUCAUCAAAGGAAAACAUAAGUUCACUUAAGAGACUACCCUUAUCAACUCUGACAUCAGUAACGCUGGCCUCAUCAUCGGUCGAAGGUACGAGAUUGGAACCGCAAUUGGUGAAUCCUCAAAAAAAUUAUAUUAUUAAUAGAAAUGGCGAAACAAUAGCAACGGCAGCAUUUUCAAAAAUCGUGUAUACUGUUACAGACGAUAUCAAUAUAACUAUCCAAUUAGCGGAUAAUCCUAAUCUAUCUGUAAGUGGUAUAAACGCAAGCCUAGAAUUGAUAGAGGUGAUAAAUUCAAAUUACUUAAACGAUACCGUUGCAGGGAAUGCUAAGAACCAUAAUAUUAGGACAAUAUCAAGCGCUCGUGUUGUAUCAUUCGAUGAAACAGGGUUAAUCCCACUGAAACUCACAAUUCCGAAGUCACCAAUGAAUUUAAUGCCUAGCCAAUUUAAAACUAAUGUCUUCCAAGUCAAGUGGUCACUAUUAUUAAGAUUUAUUUUAAUUCCGAAAAGUAGUUCCUCCAAUGUUUUUGAAUUUUAUGGUGACAAAAAGGGUAUAUUUUUCCACUCUACUGAAAAUAUUGAAGGUGAAGAAUUUGAUUGCAGAGUGCCAAUCUCAAUUCUCCCUACUACAAAGGAUAUGGGUGGAUGGUAG